UGGGAGAAGAGUAAACCGGAACACGGAUGUAUGCAGCCGGUUUCACGUGUUAAUUAAGGAUCAUCCAUUUACGGUGACUGCAGUGUUAGCGUUUUCUCUGUGCUAAGUAAACUGUUCCAAAUUGAACGUAUCCACGGAUGGGAGGACCGAUUAGCCCGAACUGAAUUAUUUUCGGGUUUAAUUGUGAGUCUCUUAAUUGGACCCUACGGAACGAUAAAUCCGUGUGGCAGAAGUAACGGCUGCUGGCUACCACACGGAAGGCACUGUACGCUGAGCGAAGCUGUAAACGCGUGCGUGGGAUUCUCAAGUCAGCCGGAUGCUAACAAUGAAAUUAUCUUUCAUUCGAAGAAGCACAGCCACCCCUGUGCCGCGUGGAAAAUCGAAUCGAACGCACACCACUUUGCCCUCAAGGGAGGUCCACCGUCGCUGUAACGAUGUCCAUGUAAUGAUCCUCUGAAAGAUGCGACGACUCGUUAAAGCCGUCUAGUCGAAGCGACGAAACCUUCCACGUCGCAAUCGUUCGAAUCCCAACAACUACAAUCGUAUUCCUGAAACGAACUAAGGAAACACAGAUAAUCAACGCAAAGAAACUCGCGAAGAAGACAGUUGAAGGAGGAUAGACAUCGUAGAAAUCCGUGUAUACAUCAACGGAUCUCUUGUUAGAUUUAAAAAAUGAGAGAUAAGACGAAAAUCGGGAGGAGGAAACGCGGCGUCGACGGAUCGACGACCUGAUAGGACCGGGUCUCUGAUUGAAAGAGCGCGCGAAGCUGGCUGCGCGUGCCACGAAAAAUGAACGAAAGCGCGGUCUACCUGCUCGGAUUGGAAGAAGAGGCAAACGUAUCGAGUAAUCAAUUGAAUCGAAGUUUUUACAACGCGAGUUUUCCGCCCCAGAACCGUACCUACGAAGAUCUUUGGAACCUUGCCACCGAUAGGGCCGGUCUAGCGAUACUCUUGUUCCUGUUCUCGGUCGCCACCGUGUUCGGUAACACGCUGGUUAUUCUGGCGGUGGUGAGGGAAAGGUAUCUCCACACGGCGACCAAUUAUUUCGUCACGUCAUUGGCGUUUGCGGACUGUUUGGUCGGACUAGUGGUGAUGCCGUUCAGCGCGAUUUACGAGGUGCUGGAGAACCGUUGGCUGUUCACCACGGACUGGUGCGACGUUUGGCGUUCGCUGGACGUCCUCUUCUCGACCGCUUCGAUCUUAAAUCUCUGCGUUAUCAGCUGGGAUCGUUACUGGGCGAUCACCGACCCGUUCACCUAUCCGAGCAAAAUGAGCAGGAAACGUGCCGCCAUCCUGAUAGCCAUCGUGUGGAUCUGCUCGAGCGCGAUCUCCUUUCCAGCCAUCGCGUGGUGGAGGGCUGUCCGCACGGAGGAAGUGCCAGAGGACAAGUGUCCGUUCACCGAGCACCUGGGUUAUCUGAUCUUCUCGUCGACCAUCAGUUUCUACUUACCCCUGUUCGUGAUGGUGUUCACCUAUUACAAGAUCUACCGGGCUGCCGUGUUCCAGACCAAGAGCCUCAAGCUCGGUACCAAACAAGUUAUAAUGGCCUCAGGUGAAUUGGAGCUCACUCUGAGGAUACAUCGAGGAGGCGGGACAAAUACCGACGCCAAGCACCUGUUUCGCACCGCUUCGAGCACGCCCGAAGAUCUUCAGGAUCUCGAAGAGCCUCUGACAACCAUGCACAACAACUGUUUAACCAGAGUGCCCUCGACAAGGAUCAAUAAGCAGCAUCGGGGAAACAAUUUCUCCCUGUCGCGCAAGCUAGCAAAGUUCGCCAAGGAGAAAAAGGCAGCCAAGACUUUGGGCAUCGUAAUGGGUGUCUUCAUCAUCUGUUGGCUGCCAUUCUUCGUCGUAAAUCUCUGGUCAGGCUUUUGCUCGCAGUGCAUCUGGCAAGAGAAAAUCGUAUUUGCCGCGGUCACAUGGUUGGGUUGGAUCAACAGCGGUAUGAAUCCGGUGAUAUACGCCUGCUGGAGCAGAGACUUUCGAAGAGCCUUCGUGAGGAUCCUGUGUGCCUGCUGCCCGGGGCGAGUAAGGCGGCGAUAUCAGCCGGCAUUCAGAUGUAAACCAAGUCAAUACGUUUCCGGAGCGAAUACCAGCGGCGAGGCGAGCCGCGUCAGCUACAGUAGCGUUAGUCAAAGCAGCGAUGGUGGUGCUGGAACUAUACUACCCAGCGGCGGGAUGUGACGACACACGGGGGCCCGGUCUGGGCCUCGACGAGAACGCGCCAUCCGUUUCCGGGACACGUGAUUGUAGGUUCGCUUAUGGAUAGAUUUUUUCAUCAUUUUGUCUCGGAAGUACUCGUUUCAAAAGUAGAAUCAAGCAAAGAGACGAGGAAAACCAUGACGACCGUUCACCGGCCCCCGUGUGUGCUUCCGAUAGGACAAACGGCGGAUCUCGUCGUGGAUAAGGAUAUAAGGAUAAGCGACGUGUUUCCGUUCCUCCUUAUCGUCGAGCUUUAUCGGUGACGAAAAGUGGACCACGAAGAAGCGUGACACGCAACCCGCAACAAUUUCCUGUAUAGAAAAAGCAACAGUAAUCUCGCGUUUUGUACCUCCGGCGAAAGAUCUGGUGAAAAUUGAAUUGCGGGGAAGGACAGUAUAUCGAGUCAGAUGGCUCGUUACCGUUUUUACGUUCGGAUACCUUCGAUACUUUGUAGCCUUUUAACGAACCUCCGUACACGGAAUCGUAAAUCGAGCAGCGGCGAUGCGCUAUUGGUUACCCGGCGAGUUUAGCGUAUCUUUCUUCGAUUCCUCGAUUCCUUCAUCUCAAUGCACCAAGCAAAUCGUAUACCGUUUCCUUUCGAUACAAUUAAAUCCAUUACCGUUCCCUGGAGACCGUGAGCUGAAUUUCGAGAAAGAAAAUACACGAUAAUACACUUUGUUCCUGUGUGCGUUGCGCGUUUAGAAGACUGACGAUUGAACGUUUGGAAACGUUCAACGUAAUAUGAGAUUGAUAUACUUUGAAUUUCCAGGGAUCGGCGAUCUCUCGUGUCGGUGCAUUGACAGGCGACUGUAUGAACGAAAAGUAUGCACAAAGUUAAAAUAACGAGGAACGAAUAUUACCGCUCGAAGCUGCCUGUCGAUCAACAAAGAGAAAACAAAGAGAAAACAAAGGGAACACGUGAAAAAAAAAACAGAAUAUUUGUGAAAAAUUAACAGCGUUCCCUCGGAAAAAAUUGUAUUUUCCUGCGAAAAUUCAAUGUGCGCGUACCUACUGUACCGCUCUUCCAGUCACGUUGAUCGCUAAAUACACAUACUCGAAUGGAUUCGGUGUAGUAACCACUGUCUAGAUUGAACGAAAGUUAAUUUAAAGUUUCCUCGACCGACACAAGACUGGCAAAAUCGAAAAGUAUUUUCCUCGAAUUGACGAACAAGAUUCUGCAAAACUAAACUGAUACCAAGGCCAAUGUAACUUAAUCGAUGAGUAAAAUAACAAAGUUAUAGUCUGGUUAAUGUUUUAAAAAAGCACGAUUUCAAAUUCACAAACGU